AUGGCUUCCAAACCUCCAGGAAAAUGUUGUGCUAGUGGCAUUGCUCAUACUGACGAACCAAUAGGUAAAAUUGAAGACUUUCUAGGCGUUCAAUCAUAUGUCACCGGUGAACAACAUAUUAAUGAAAAGGUUAUAGUUAUUGCCACUGAUAUCUAUGGUCUUUGUUUGAAAAAUACUAAAUUAGUUGCUGAUAAAUUAGCUGCUGGAGGGUACGCUGUUUUAAUUCCAGAUAUUCUAUUUGAUGACCCGUACCCAACUUUAAAUGCCAGUGAAGCUUUGCCAGACUGGUUGGCUAAACAUCCAAUGGAUAAAGUUGAUGAAUUGGUUAUCAAGUACGUUAAGGAUCUGAAAGCCGAAUAUUCCCCUAACUUUAUUGGUAGCAUUGGUUAUUGUUUUGGUGCCAAACCAGCAAUUCAUCUAAUUGAUACCAAGUUUGCUUUGGUUGAUGCAUGUGCUAUUGCCCAUCCUUCAUUUGUCUCUAUGGAAGAACUUGAAGCUAUAGGGAAAAACCCAAUUUUAAUAUCUGCUGCUGAAAAUGAUCCUAUCUUCUCAGAAGAGUCUAGGCAUGCUACUGAAGCAAAAUUAAAAGAAAUUGGUGCCAAUUAUGUUAUGGAUUUAUUUGGUGGUGUUGAACAUGGCUUUGCUGUCAGAGGUGAUCUCUCUAUCCCAGCUGUCAAAUAUGCUAGAGAAAAGACCAUUGUUGAUCAACUAUUCUUUUUUGACCAUUAUUGUUCAAAGAAAUAA